AGCCGUCCUGGCUCAGACUGUGGUGCGGGACGACAGGAUAUGUAUUCGAUUCGCGAUGGCUGAUGCGUUGCAAGGCAUCGGUGCGGUUGUGUCCACGCAGCUCCUGGCGCGUGCAGUCACUUUCAUUCUCAACAUACUGAUUGCACGCCUCGCCGCCCCAUCGGAGUACGGAGUGAGCUAUAUUUCGCUGCAGCUGUUCAGCAACCUGUCUCUCUUCAUCACGAAGGAAGGCUUCCGGAAGGUCGCCCUGCGGGAUCCCAAGGACGAGAAGCAUGCGCCAUCACAGUCGUCCCUGAACCUGGGCUGGGGCGGGAUCUGCUCGUCUGCGCUGCUGUCGCUUCCGCUGGCGUUUUACUGGAUGCUGCGCGGGCCCGCAGCGGCGCCGCAGAGCUAUUACUGGGCAGUUGCACUCAUGGCCGUUGCUUCCGUCGUGGAAUCCCUUGGCGAACCCUUCCUGAUCUGCACGCUGGCAGCCAUGGACUUUCGGGCCCGCGCUUUCGGCGAAGGCGUCGCGAUCCUCGCCCGCACAAUAGUCAUGUUCCUUCUGGCCGCCUCAUUCGGUGACUUGCCCCUGGCUUUCGCGAUCUCGCAGCUCCUCUACUCUAUUGUUUGGGUCAUGUGGUUCAUGCGCCACCCGAACGUCCUUGCUUGGAUGCCGUCAAGGCUGCCAAGCGGCCAGUGGCUACAUCCAGACCAUUACGAACUGUUGGUGGAGUUCGGUGGCAAGGUGCUUAUGAAGCUGGCCCUGACAGAAGGCGAGAAACUCCUCCUCCUGAUUUUAUUCACCCAGGAGGAUUGGGGCGUCUUUGGACUAGUGUCCAAUCUGGGCUCCAUCGUCCUUCGGUUGCUGUUUGCGCCCACGGAGGAGAUAGCCUACAGCUCAUUUGCCGGCGGCGGAGCCCAAUGGCAUCUGCUGCGGGCUCUCCUGAUGUUGCAGGGUGGCGUGGGUUGGCUGGGGCUGUGCUUUGGGCCCGGCUUCUCGAAGCUAGUGGUGCGCAUCUUAUAUGGUGUAGACUGGGCCAAUUCAGCGGCGCCUCAGGUGCUGACGGCGUACUGUGUGCUGCUGUUUUUCAUGGCUCUCAACGGGAUAUUGGAGGCUUAUGUCGAUUCCCAGAGUUCGCCCAGGUGGGUGCGCCUGUGUAACCUCUGGCAAAUUUUGAUCUCGCUGGUGUUAGUGAUUGUUGCAUGGGGUGGAAGUGGGUAUGGGCCAGUGGCACUGGUGUGGGCAAACUGUGCAGCCAUGCUCCUCCGGGUGCUUCUGUGCGUAUAUUUCGUGCGGCAGCGAGUAGAUCUGAGCUCGGCAGACCUCCGUGCAGCAUCGGCGCUGAAGCUGGCUGGCCUGCUGCUCGUCAGCGGCUGUGGAUGUUCCAUGAUAGUGCCACCGGUGUCGGACACUGUGCCAUGGGCAAGGGCCGCCAUCGCCAUUGCAUUGGCCGGCAGCUCUAUCCUUGCAAGCGGAUUUUUGUGCCGUCAGGAGUUGCGCAUGACUUUCGCCGAGGUGCGCAGCAAGAAGACGGUCGAUAUGGAGCAGGUGGUGCAGAAAGAAGACGAAGUGCCGAGCAAGAAAACAUCUUGAUGCAACGUAGGAUUGUGCCAGGUGUGGCGGCACAAUGUGGCGAGCACGAUCGGUAGAUUGUCAUCAGAAGCUCGUGUUGCAGUUCAAAGCAAAUUUCAAUGUGUACUUGUAGUUUGCCCGUGCUUGAUUGCUAGCGUGCAAGACUUGGACAAAGUGUAGAGCCGAGAGAUUCCCAUAGUCCGGACCAAUCGUGAGCGAGUUGGCAGCCAUUGUCCAAACAUUGCAAGCACACACCUUGGGUCAGCCACGCGUGCGGUUGUGGCUGUGAUAUGAGCGUGCUCUGCAGUCGCUCAGGUCGGAUCCCAGAGCCUCGACGAGCCAGCGCCAUGGAAACUGUAAACAGUUCUUCGCAGCGCCAAGGGGCGCGUACACGUGCUAAGAAGUGAGCUCCGCAGAGCAAGGCCAGGUUAGUCCGGACGUUGCAAAGUUACCCGUUAGACGAGACCAGCUCGGACCCUCCCAAACUACUUUGGAUUUCUCAAGGCCAUCUCUGCCCAUGGCGCACUCUCCUCCUUCCGUUCUGUCCACCCCCCUCCUCGUG